AUAUUUAAUAGUUGAAUGAAUCCAAAGCAUUCCACACCUGCUAAGAGAGGUAUGUAUGCCGGUUUACCAAAGUUCGUCCCAGUAAACUUAAAAGACAUUGAAGCCUCAGGAUUCCAAGAAGGUGAAGAGGUAUCACUGGCGUCAUUAAAGAAGAAGGGUUUGAUAAACCCAUCAGGAAGAGAGAGAAGACUCCCUUUAAAGGUGUCCUUGAAGCGUUUUUUGGCAUGGAGACCCACAAUUUUGCAGUGCAAUGGCCGGGCAGGGGGUGACAGUUAGGCAAGGAGGGUUUGUGUGUCAUAAUGCCUUCACAAUGACUUGAAUACUCAGCAUGUAAAAUAUGGGUCCCAAAGUAAAUGGUUCAUCCUGUCUAGACCUCAAUUUUAUUUAUGAAAGUGAGAAUUUAAAUGCAA